UCACAUGAUAUCAUACUGUAUCUGCUGUCACAUACACACACACGCUAACACACACACAUGCUAACACACACACACUCACACAGGGCAGUGUGUUCUGGGCGAGCAGCAGUGUUCACCAGAAGCUCGUUAGACCGCCUGGAGAUGCACCUCUUCUUCCUCCUCUUCCUCGCCCGCGCCGGGGCCGAGCCCACAGGUUGCCAUAGUGACCGCGACAAGGACCACCGUCCGCGGCUGAACUGUACGUUGGCCGGGUUCACCGACCUCCCCCCCGGAAUCCAUGCCAGCAACAAGGUCCUGCUGUUCCCUCAGAACCAGCUGCCCUCCCUCUCCUGGUCGUCCUACACUGUCCUCCCAGACCUGUACGAGCUGGACCUGAGUCACAACCUGGUCCCCGAGGUCACCCCCAGCCCCAGCCCCAUCCUACCCAGCCUCAGGGUGCUCCGCCUGGGAGGGAAUCAAAUCCGCUCCCUGGCUGCCAAGGCCCUGGGGGCCUGCCCGGGUGUGACUGAGCUGUACCUCCAGAACAACCAGCUGGAGUCCCUGUCUGAUCUCAGCCUCCAUGGGCUCAGUACACUGGAGAUCCUUGACCUCUCCUCCAACCGUCUCUCCAUCCUCCCCCCCCUCCUCCUUGGCCCGCUGCCCGUCCUGGAGACCUUGUACCUGGACCAGAACCGUGUACAGAUGCUCCCGGACGACUGGUUCUCCCGCCGGCCGGACGUGCCCUACCUCUUCCUCUCCCUGAACCCCUGGAGCUGCUCCUGCUCGCUGGGCUACCUGCGGCGCCACCUGGAGGACUACGACUACAACUACUACGUCAGAGACGGAGACACCAUCGUCAGUGAGGCAGCCAGUGUGGUGUGUGAGACGCCCACAUCGCUGAAAGGGAGGCCCGUGGUGGAGCUGGAGGAGUGGGACUACUGCCCCCCACCCUCCACCGGGCCCCCCCUGGGGGAUAUGGACCCCUGGAUCCCCCUGGCCUCGGAGGCUAGCUCUUUAAUGCCCUAUACCUCAUUCGCAUUCCAGGUAACUACAGUCCCGACAACUACCCCCAUCCCCCCACCAGCCCCCAUCAAACCAACUACCCCCUCCAAUCUGAAAACUACCCCUUCCACUAUGAAACCUACCCCCACCACUAUGAAACCUACCCCCACCACUAUGAAAACUACCCCCACCACUAUGAAAACUACCCCCACCACUAUGAAAACUACCCCCACCACUAUGAAAACUACCCCCACCACUAUGAAAACUACCCCUUUCUAUCUAGCAUCCACCACCUCCCUCCCUCCAUCCACGUCCUCGUCCACAGAAAUGGACAGCUGGGAGGUAGUGACCUGGUUCUGGUCGGAGAUCUCUACCGCCAUCUACAGGAGAGACAGCAUCAUUACAUCCACCAGAGCACCGUGGAGACCCCAGCUCCUAACCCCUGCCCCCCCAGCCCUGACCCCUGACCCCAGGGUCUGGGCUGCCAGGCGGCAGGGCAAGGUGUUCUGCUGCUGGCUGUUAGCAGGGUGUGUGUUGCUGUGUGUGUUGUCGGGGGCGAGUGUGUGUGUGAUCGUUGCUUGGUUACUGAGGACCUACAGGAGUGUGUACUCCCUCCACAGGGGGCAGGUGCGGGGGAGGGGAGGGGGGGCCGUUAGGCUGCUGACUUUCCAGCGCAGGGAGGGAGGUGGAGGAGUCAAGGACAUCUCUCUCCCCCUGGUCAGGAACACCUGA